AUGAAUAUUAUUUGGGUUUAUAUUACGUUCGGUGUAAGUUAUCUUAAUAAAGCACGGGAUAGAGAAUAUACAAUCUGUAAGAAUAGAAAGAUAUCAUUGGACUCUAUCUGUAAGAAUAGAAAGAUAUCAUUGGACUCUAUCUGUAAGAAUAGAAAGAUAUCAUUGGACUCUAUUUGUAAGAAUAGAAAGAUAUCAUUGAACUCUAUCUGUAAGAAUAGAAAGAUAUCAUUGAACUCUAUCUGUAAGAAUAGAAAGAUAUCACUGGACUCUAUCUGUAAGAAUAGAAAGAUACCAUUGCACCCUACCUGUAAGAAUAGAAAGAUAUCAUUGAAAUCUAUCUGUAAGAAUAGAAAUAUAUUAUUGAACUCUAUCUGUAAGAAUAGAAAGAUAUCACUGGACUCUAUCUAUAAGAAUAGAAAGAUAUCAUUGGACCCUAUCUGUAAGAAUAGAAAGAUAUAUUGCACUCUAUCUAUAUCAUUGCACUCUAUCUGUAAGAAUAGAAAGAUAUUAUUAGACUCUAUCUGUAAGAAUAGAAAGAUAUCAUUGAACUCUAUCUGUAAGAAUAGAAAUAUAUCAUUGCACUCUAUCUGUAAGAAUAGAAAUAUAUCACUGGACUCUAUCUGUAAGAAUAGAAAGAUAUCAUUGAACUCUAUCUGUACGAAUAGAAAUAUAUCACUGGACUCUAUCUGUAAGAAUAGAAAGAUAUCAUUGGACUCUAUCUGUAAGAAUUGA